AUGCUGAAAUCCACCUACAAGCCGUCCCCCGCCGCCCUCGCAGCAGCCGCGCCGCUGCAGCCAGGCUGGACCGAGCACAAGGCGCCGACAGGACACACCUACUACUACAACGCCGAAACCAGAGAAUCGACCUACAGGCGUCCUGGCCUGCCCGUGUCCGAGCCGGCGCCGGCGCCGGCCCCUGCCCCUGCCCCUGCCCCUUACGCCCAUCUCCCCAACCUCUCCGACCCUCGCGUCGCCAAUGUCUACCUGGCGCAGCUCAAUCCCCAGCCCCAGCCUCACACCCGCGAUGGGCCCGGCGGCCGCGGCGGCAUCCAAGGACGCCCGCGACCGCAGCCCGUGGACAAGCCCCAGAGGAAAGAGGCCAUACCGGGGUGCGAGCCCUGGAUCCUCGUUUACACAAAGUAUUCGCGGCGCUUCGUCUACAACCCCGUCAAGAACGCCAGCUACUGGCGCAUACCGGAAAAGCUGAUGCCAGGCAUCUUGGAGCUGGACAAGGCGCGCAUACGGGACAAGGCGUCGGAGGGGACGCAAGACAACAAACCCACCGCCCAGCCACGGGAUGAACCGGUCACGCAGGCAGCUGCACAUCACCAGGCCGAUGACAGUUCCGAGUAUGAAGAGGUCGAGGUGACCGACGACGAAAACGAUGAGGCUGAAGGCGACGAGCUUGACGGGGAGCGCCGUUCGAAGCGCCAACGGACGGGCGACUCGGCCGACGACGAACAGGACGAGCCAGUCGAGUUCACAGAAGCAGACAUUGCGGCGCAGCUGCAGCUCAUGGGCGACGACUACGGCCUCGAGCCCGGAGACUACGACGACGGCAACAUGGACGACUGGCCCGAGGGCACCGAAGGCGUCGAGUUCUCGGAAGAGGAUGCCAAGUGGCUCUUCAAGGACCUGCUCAACGACUUCAGCAUCAACCCCUACAGCCCCUGGGACAAGCUCCUGGAAGAAGGCAAGGUCGUCGACGACGCGCGGUACACGGCACUCAGCACGACCCGGGCGCGCAAGGAGUGCUGGGACGAGUGGUCCCGGGAGAAGAUUGCCGAGCUCAAGGAGCAGAGGGCCAAGCAGGAGAAAAAGGAUCCCAAGGUCGCGUACAUGGCCGUUUUACAGGAAAAGGCCACGCCCAAACUCUACUGGCCCGAGUUUAAGAGGAAAUACAAGAAGGAAGAGCCGAUGAGAGACAUGCGGCUUCCCGACAAGGACAGGGAAAAGGCCUACCGGGAGCACAUCAACAGGCUCAAGCUGCCACAGGCAACCCUCAAGUCGGACCUGACGGCGCUCCUCAAGGCACAGCCCCUCCACCAGCUGCACAGAAAGUCUCUCGCCAGCAGCCUGCCGACGGCGGUCCUGACGGACAUUCGCUACAUCUCGCUCGAGCCGCGGGUGCGGGACUCGCUGGUCGAGGCCUACGUGCAGUCGCUCCCGCCGCCACCCGAAGACGUCGACGCGGCGGAGCGGGUCGAGGACCGGAAAAGGGAAUGCGACGCGCGCGCGAGGCGGGAGCGCGCGCUGCUGGAGCGUAACCAGGCCGUCGAGGAGCAGAAGAGGAGGCGCGAGCGCGAGGUGGCGGCGAGCAAGGCGCGGCUGCGGCAGGGGGAGAGAGAGAUUGAAAUGGCGAUGCGGGUGGACAAGCGAGGCCUGCAGAAGCAGCUGGCGCGCGAGCAUGCGGGCGAGACGGACGAGAAGGAGGAGUCCGGGAAUAAGCCUUAG